GUCUGUAGGCUUGAUAUACAUACAUAAUAUAUUCUUCCAUAUUUUCUGUGUUCUCCCUACACAUGUGCCUGUACAGCUGUGUCUCCAUGAUAUAUACAUCUGCUCCCAAAGACCAACCCUAUGUCCCUUGUCAUGGUGUUAAUAUGUUAGUGCAGGCCUCUUCCACUGGUAUUUUAAAGGUGCGUGGAAGCUAUAUAUCCCAGUCUGGACCAAUUCUCAACCACGAAGGCAGAUCUUUGUGAAAAGAUAGAGAAGGCCUUCUCUGCUCCCCCUCUCCCUGUUUUGGAAUACAUAGAGUUAACAAAUGGUUGUUCCUGCUCUUUCCCCCACCCCUCCAGCCUGUAGCUUCUUGUUGCUGUGGUGAUGUUGGCCCCACCCCUGAUGCAGCACCUGCCCCACCAUUGGCUGCAGUGGUGACUGUGGGGCUGGGUGGGGGGAGCCUGGGCCUGGGCAGCCAUUCUGGAGCAGGAGCCGGAGCUUUAGCAUCCCCCCUUAAAUCCCUCAGCAUUUCUUCAACCCCCACCUCUACCCCCUCCAAAUUCUUUGGGAUUCAUUAGCUUCAAUAUCCAUUCCUCCAAACCAUCCUUCAGUAACCCCUAGAGAUCAGAACCUUAUCGGCAUUCAACCUACCUCCUCUGCCCUUCCCCCUACUUGGGAGCCCCAAUAUCCAAUCAACCUCAGUUUCUUCUCCCCUUCCCCUUCUUUGUCCAUCUUUUUUCUCCAACCCCUCCCCCCCCUCCAGAAUCCCAGCUACUGCAAUAGAGGUGGAAUCAGUCUUACCCACUACCCAUCCUACUUCCAAUCAUUUUUUCCUUUUCUUAGCAUUUUUCCAUUUCUGUAUUUCCUCAUCUAGCCCGUAUACCCCCACCAACCUAGUGACAGCGCCUCCCACCCCUUCCCAGGCCAAGGAGGGGGGAAAUGGGGAGCUGCCUUGGCAUUCUGAGCAAGCAAGGCCCCCAGGAAGGAGGAGCAGGUUGAUGAAGUCCCUAGCUGUGGAGGUUCAAGCUGCUUAAGGGGACUGACAUUUGACCUAUCUCCUCUCCAGCUAUGUCCCCUGAAGGAGUAGGAGAAAGGGUAUUUGAGAGAAAGCCUGCCUACUCAGCAGAUAGAUUUCGGUAUCUACGGUUUCUCUGACCCUACUAGCUAUGUCCCUUUACUGACUGCAGACCAAAAUGAUGGGAAUAGGACCUCCUACCCCUUCCUUAUCUGGGGGCUCCGGCUCUAGCUCCUUACCCCCACCUUCUCGCUGUCAUCACUGCUGCUGUUUCUGCUGCUUUCCGGGGGAAUACCACCUGGGCCGCUCCAGGAGGAAGAGCGUUCCUGGAGGGAAGCAAUACAGCAUGGAGGCCGCCCCCGCAGCCCCUUUCCGGCCCUCGCAAGGCUUCCUGAGUCGAAGGCUGAAAAGCUCCAUUAAACGCACAAAAUCGCAGCCCAAACUUGACCGGACUAGCAGCUUUCGACAGAUCCUGCCUCGAUUCCGAAGCGCUGACCAUGACCGGGCCCGGUUGAUGCAAAGCUUUAAAGAAUCCCACUCCCAUGAGUCCUUGCUGAGUCCUAGCAGUGCAGCUGAAGCCUUGGAGCUCAACCUAGAUGAAGACUCUAUCAUCAAGCCUGUGCACAGCUCUAUCCUGGGCCAAGAGUUCUGCUUUGAGGUGACAACAUCAUCAGGGACUAAGUGUUUUGCCUGUCGCUCUGCAGCGGAGAGAGACAAAUGGAUAGAAAAUCUGCAGAGGGCCGUGAAACCCAACAAGGACAAUAGCCGGCGUGUAGACAAUGUUUUGAAACUAUGGAUCAUAGAAGCCCGGGAACUGCCCCCCAAGAAGCGUUAUUAUUGUGAACUGUGCCUGGAUGAUAUGCUGUAUGCUCGAACCACCUCCAAGCCUCGGGCAGCUGCUGGUGAUACAGUCUUCUGGGGUGAACACUUUGAGUUCAACAACCUGCCAGCUGUGCGCUCACUUCGACUGCACCUCUAUCGUGACUCAGACAAAAAACGCAAGAAAGACAAAGCAGGCUAUGUGGGCCUGGUGUCCGUGCCUGUGGCCAGCUUGGCUGGCCGACAUUUCACUGAGCAGUGGUUUCCUGUUAGCCAGCCAGCAGGCAGUGGUGGCUCUGGAGGGGCUGGAGGUGGUUCUGGUGGGGGAGGAGGUUCAGGAGGUGGCUCAGGGGGCAAAGGCAAAGGAGGCUGCCCUGCUGUUCGACUGAAAGCACGUUAUCAGACAAUGAGCAUCCUACCCAUGGAGCUGUAUAAAGAAUUUGCUGAGUAUGUCACUAAUCACUAUCGAAUGCUGUGUGCUGUACUAGAGCCUGCAUUGGGUGUUAAGGGCAAAGAAGAGGUGGCCUGUGCCCUGGUGCACAUUCUGCAGAGUACAGGCAAGGCUAAGGAUUUCCUUUCUGACAUGGCCAUGACAGAGGUGGACAGGUUCUUGGAACGAGAGCACCUCAUAUUCCGAGAGAACACACUUGCUACUAAAGCCAUAGAAGAGUAUCUGAGACUGAUUGGACAGAAAUACCUCAAGGAUGCCAUUGGAGAGUUCAUCCGAGCUCUGUAUGAGUCUGAGGAGAACUGUGAGGUCGACCCCAUUAAAUGCACGGCAUCUAGUCUGGCUGAGCAUCAGGCCAACCUUCGUAUGUGCUGUGAGUUGGCCCUCUGCAAGGUGGUCAACUCCCACUGUGUGUUCCCGAGGGAACUGAAAGAAGUCUUUGCAUCAUGGCGACUUCGAUGUGCGGAGCGGGGCCGAGAAGAUAUUGCUGACAGGCUGAUCAGUGCUUCACUUUUUCUACGCUUCUUGUGCCCAGCUGUCAUGUCCCCCAGCCUCUUUGGCCUUAUGCAGGAGUAUCCUGACGAGCAGACGUCACGUACCCUUACCCUCAUCGCCAAGGUCAUACAAAACCUGGCUAACUUUACCAAGUUUGGCUCAAAGGAGGAGUAUCUGGCAUUUAUGAAUGAAUUCCUGGAGCUAGAAUGGGGAUCCAUGCAACAGUUCCUAUAUGAGAUUUCCAAUCUGGAUACACUCACCAAUAGCAGCAGCUUUGAAGGAUACAUUGACCUGGGUCGUGAGCUUUCCACAUUGCAUGCCUUGCUCUGGGAAGUGUUGCCGCAGCUGAGUAAGGAGGCACUCCUGAAGUUGGGCCCCCUGCCACGCCUUUUGAAUGAUAUAAGCUUAGCACUGAGGAAUCCUCAUAUCCAAAGGCAGCCCAGUCGUCAAGGGGAGCGACUACAGGCUAAGCCUAUGGUACUUCGUGGACCAUCCGCUGAGCUACAGGGCUACAUGAUGAGGGACCUCAAUAGCUCCAUCGACCUUCAGUCCUUCAUGGUUCGAGGCCUCAACAGCUCCAUGGACAUGGCCCGUCUCCCCUCCCCAACCAAGGAGAAACCCCCUCCACCAGCCCCUGGAGGGGGGAAGGACCUAUUUUUUGUGAGCCGUCCACCUUUGGCUCGAUCAUCCCCAGCCUACUGCACAAGUAGCUCAGACAUCACUGAGCCAGAACAGAAGAUGCUAAGUGUCAACAAAAGUGUAUCAAUGCUGGAUCUACAGGGUGAUGGACCAGGUGGUCGCCUCAAUAGCAGCAGUGUUUCCAACUUGGCUGCUGUUGGAGACCUUCUGCAUUCUAGUCAGGCUUCCCUCACUGCUGCCCUUGGGCUUCGGCCUGCACCUGCUGGGCGCCUUUCCCAAGGCAGUGGCUCCUCUAUUACAGCUGCUGGCCUUCGACUGAGCCAGAUGGGUGUCACCACUGAUGGUGUCCCUGCUCAGCAGUUGCGCAUCCCACUGUCCUUCCAGAACCCACUCUUCCACAUGGCAGCUGAUGGUCCUGGCCCUCCAGGGGGCCAUGGAGGAGGGAGUGGCCAUGGUCCAGCCUCUUCUCAUCACCACCACCAUCAUCAUCACCAGCACCACCACCGAGGUGGGGAGCCCCCUGGGGACACCUUUGCUCCUUUCCAUGGCUACAGCAAGAGUGAGGAUCUCUCUUCUGGGGCUCCCAAGCCACCUGCUGCCUCUAUCCUGCAUAGCCACAGCUACAGUGAUGAGUUUGGUCCUUCAGGCACUGAUUUCACUCGACGGCAGCUCUCGCUCCAGGACAACCUCCAGCACAUGUUGUCCCCACCCCAGAUCACCAUAGGUCCUCAGAGGCCAGCCCCUCCAGGUCCCGGAGGAGGGGGCUCUGGAGGAGGAGGAGGAGGAGGGGGACAGCAACCCCCACUGCAGAGGGGCAAAUCCCAGCAGUUGACAGUCAGCGCUGCCCAGAAGCCCCGACCAUCUAGUGGAAAUUUAUUGCAGUCACCAGAACCCAGUUAUGGUCCUGCCCGUUCCCGACAACAGAGCCUCAGCAAGGAGGGAGGAGGAGGAGGGGGCAGUGGGGGCAGCAGCGGAGGGGGAGGGGGGCUUAAGCCCUCCAUCACUAAACAGCAUUCUCAGACACCAUCCACACUGAACCCCACGAUGCCAGCCUCAGAACGGACAGUUGCUUGGGUCUCCAACAUGCCUCACCUGUCAGCUGAUAUUGAGAGUGCACACAUUGAACGAGAAGAGUACAAGCUGAAGGAAUACUCCAAGUCUAUGGAUGAAAGCCGACUGGAUAGGGUGAAGGAGUACGAGGAGGAGAUCCAUUCACUGAAGGAGCGACUGCACAUGUCCAACCGAAAGCUGGAAGAGUAUGAACGGAGGUUGCUGUCCCAGGAGGAACAGACUAGCAAGAUUCUGCUGCAGUAUCAGGCAAGGCUGGAGCAAAGUGAGAAGAGGUUGAGGCAGCAGCAAGUGGAGAAAGACUCACAGAUUAAGAGCAUCAUUGGCAGGCUGAUGCUGGUGGAGGAGGAGCUGCGCCGGGACCACCCCGCCAUGGUUGAACCACUGCCUGAGCCCAAGAAGAGGCUGCUCGACGCUCAGGAGAGGCAGCUUCCCACCCUGGGUCCAGCAAACCCGCGUGUGACGCUGGCUCCCCCCUGGAAUGGCCUGGCUCCCCCACCCCCACCACCCCCACCCCGGCUGCAGAUCACAGAGAACGGCGAGUUCCGAAACACCACGGACCACUAGUCUACCCAGCCUCAUUGACAUCUCUCAACCCUACCGCUAUCAUCCUCAACCCUGGACCACAGAGACCAGAUGUCGCUGAGGGACCAAGGGACUGACUUCUCUGUGGGAAUGAUUUCCACCCCUACCUAUCAUUCUUCUGGAGAGGGAGCUGGGGACCCUCAAACUCUUCUUCCCUUUCUGCUGGGGCAAUGCCUCUUGUAUGUCUCCCCAAGGCCCUCCUUUGAGGGCCCUCACCUCUCAUUUCCCACUUUGGGGUGCUAUCCCCAUCUUCUGCCUCAUUCCCAUUCCCCUGAGCACUGGGGGACAGUUCCCACUCCCAUCUUGGGGGAUGUGACACCUCCAAACUCUCAACUUCAGGGUGAUUUUUUAGCUGUACCAGAGCCGACAAUCUAACUUCCCCCAUCCCCCCAUUUUGGCCUCCCCUGCCCCCCUUGUUUUGGGGAAAGGUCCCCAGAUGGGGGUCCUACUCCCCUUUGAUUUCUCAGGAGCGCCUGGGGGGGGCUCAGCACGCACAAACUCCCUUUCCUUCCACCACUCUUCUUAAACUUACUCCCUCUUGCCUUGACCCUAGAUGGGGAGGAGGGGGCCUCUAGGGGCAGGGAAGGAGAGGUUGGGCAGGGGGGAUGGGUGUCUCCUCCCCUUCCUCCUACACCUGAUCUGCUCUUGGCUGGUCCCAGAGCGGGGUGAGGGGUCUUAUGCCCCAGCCUCCCCUGGUGUGUGGGUGGGUGGGUGGGUGGGAGAAUUGAGGCAACAGGGAGAAUCUGGGGGUUCUGAGGGUGGUGUGUGUUUAUGGGGACACCAAUUUAUCUGCCUCCCCUAAAAUCUCUCCUCCUUCCUUCCUGCUCUGUCUCCCUCCCCUUGGUCUCUACUCUCAGGGGGAGGGGGGAAAUUUAAUCUAGGAAAAGCCAUGUCUCUCUCCCCCAAGGGUAGGGUGGCAUAGGGGGGCCCCUUCCAAGUCUCUGUCCCCUUGGGAGGUGGGACAGGGCUCGGCUUCCUUCUUCCCCUCCCCAUUCCCCCUUCUCUUAUCACUAGCUCCACAAUUUUUCGGUGUUUCUCUCUGUACAUAUCUCUUUGGUGGGAUGGGAAAGGUAGGAUGGAUGAGGUUUUGGGGGAGGUGGGCCAUGGGGGAGGAGAGGAAUCCCCUUUUUGGUAUCCCUUUCCCCUGACUGCCAUCCCCCCUCCCUGCCUUGCUCUUUUCUUCUUUUGUUUGGUAUUGGGGCCCUUGCUCUACUGCCCUGCCCCAUCUACCCAUAUUAUUCUUUUGUAUGGACAGUUCUCCCACAAUUCCACUCUCCUCACAUAACAAGCCGGGGCCGAAUUUAUAGUAUAUAGAAGUUGUAAAUAUGUGAAAUUUUAUCCCUGUGCCCUUAUCUCCUUUGCUCUCCCUUACUUUAGGCCCCAUUUCAGUGCCCCUUUUCCUGUCCCCUCUGGCUGUUGUAAUUAUCUAGGGUUUGUACUGUAUAUAUCCAGGGUGUGUGUAUGUAUGUAUGUGUGUGUGUGUGUAUGUGCGCGCGCGCGUGUGCGCGCUUGUGUGUGUGCGCUUGUGUGUGUGUGUGUGCGUGCGCUGGGGGGGGGUGUGAUUCCUCUGUACAAAAUUUCCUGUGCUCCCCAUUCACCCUUCUAAGGGUGGGAGACUUGCCCUACCUCCAGUUAUUUUUUUUUCUCAUUCUAUGCCCCAAAUCCAUCCACAGCCAUCUUACCACCUCCCCUCCACACACACCCCCACCCCCAUCCCUGCCUUUAGCCUAUUUUUUCCACUCCCAGCCCCAUUUCCUUUUUUUCUGGAGUGUGUGGUGAAGCAGAAAAUCAUGUUUAAUAAAAGGAGAUUGUUCUUUUA